AUAUGGAAUAGUGUACUGUAAAAGUAAAGGUCACAUAAAGUUUGUUAACGGAGUUCGAGAAGCAAUCUCAAUUCAUUGUCUCUGCAACUAGGGGUGGGCAUUGGUUUGACCAAACCACUCCUAACCGCUCCAAACCGCUCCAACGGUCAAUCCAAACCGUACCGUUAACUAUCGGUUUCGUUUACGGACUAACCAUUUAGUUAUUAGUGGUUCGUGGUUUGGAUUGACCGAAACCACACGGUUACGGUUCAAAACCGCAAACCGCUAAUUCUUAGUGAAUGUCGUCCACCACCAACGCACGAUAGCUUUGCAGAGAUUUUCUUCCUCACCGCAAACCACUAUCCUCCCGGCGGCGAUUCUUCUUCCCCAUCCAGUCCCCGCCGGCCGCCAGAUCCGCACUAUUCCCUCUCUACCCGGCGGCGAUUCUUCUUCCUCAUCCAUACCUAGCGAUUUUUCUGUUCCUCUCGACGUUGCACAACACCAAGAGACUAGAGAUCCCGAGCUUCAUAGAUCGACGCCGACGACGCUUCCCCUGACCUAAAAUCCAGAUUCGCACCUCCGCCGGCCUCCGCAUCCAGCUCACACCGUCGUUCUGGGGCUGUAAUGAAUCUGUGAAUUCGAUAUCAAGCAAUAGGGAAACAGAAGAUACUGUUAUUGGAAAGAUGAAGUCUAAAGGCUCACAGGAAAAACGAGCUCGAGCACCGAUACCCAGCAGCAAUGUGCUUAGUGUUAGUGAGGUUGAGUGUGAUGAUAUUGGAAUGGAUUCCUCAAGUGGGGAAGAGAUGGAAGUCGAAAUGGAUGCAAGUACGAGCAAGGUGGCUUCUAGUGAUCAUACUGGUUCAGCUUCGACUCACAUUAAUUCACCAAUGCCAAAAGGGAGGAGGCUUACAUCAAAAGUUUGGGUCCAAUUCAGAAGGUAUAAGAAGGACGGUUUAUUCAAGUCAUCAUGCAUCAAAUGCGGGAAGACUUAUGCAUCUAAAUCACGUAACAAUGGAACUAGUGCACUCCGCCAUCAUAUGAGUAAACCGUGCGGUGAUGGAAAAGAGUUGAGCAUGAUUAUGAAGGCUAUUGGUAUAUCUGAUGUUCCACUUCCCCUGGUGCUCUCGAUUGGAUUCUACGCUGUGAUGUGGGGGAAAGCUCAUGAGGAUGAUUGCUGCAGCCAGCAGCAGGACACUGAUCAGUCCACAGAGAAAGCUCCUCUGUUGCAGAAUUGCAGAAGGAAUGCACAAGUUUAA